CUCUCUCUCUCUCUUCCCGACACUGUAUCUCCUCGCACUACCUCACUCUCUCUUUCUCUCUCUAGACCUUUUCCCCCUUUUUCUCUCUUCUCCAUUUUUAUACUGCAACAAAGAAUCCCACAAUCAUCUCCUCCUUUUCUCUCUCUCUCUCUCUCUCUCUCUCUCUUCUUUAUGUCUCUAUAUGUGAUGAAGUGGUGGGCAUGGGAAAAACAGAGGAUGAAGACGAAGACCCACCUCCGCCACCAUUACUAUUCUUCUUCUUCUUCGUGAGAUCUCUGGUUUGAUCUCAUUUUAGGGAGACCGUGUAGAUCGAGCAAUCUUAGGAAAUUUUUGAAUCAGGAAAUUGAUCCAAAGAUGGAUCAGUAUGAGGUUUUGGAGCAGAUUGGGAAGGGGGCGUUUGGUUCAGCUCUUCUAGUGAGGCACAAGGUUGAGAAGAAGAGAUAUGUCCUGAAGAAGAUCCGUCUCGCUCGCCAGACCGAUCGGUCCCGUCGGUCCGCACAUCUUGAAAUGGAGCUUAUAUCUAAAGUAAGGAACCCUUUCAUCGUGGAGUACAAAGAUUCUUGGGUAGAGAAGGGUUGCUAUGUGUGCAUUGUGAUAGGGUAUUGUGAGGGUGGAGACAUGGCAGAAGCCAUUAAAAAGGCCAAUGGAACUCUUUUCCCCGAAGAGAAGCUUUGUAAGUGGCUCGUACAGCUCCUUAUGGCACUUGAUUACUUGCAUGUGAAUCACAUUCUUCAUCGUGAUGUAAAGUGUUCAAACAUAUUUCUCGCUAAAGAUCAAAGCUUACGGCUCGGUGACUUUGGCCUUGCUAAAGUGCUCACCUCUGACGAUUUGGCUUCCUCUGUUGUGGGAACUCCCAGCUACAUGUGCCCAGAGCUUCUCGCUGAUAUUCCUUAUGGUUGUAAAUCUGAUAUAUGGUCUCUAGGCUGCUGCAUAUAUGAGAUGACUGCCCUCAAACCUGCAUUCAAAGCUUUUGACAUGCAAGCACUGAUAAACAAAAUAAACAAGUCUAUAGUGGCUCCUCUACCAAGUUCAUACUCUGGUGCCUUUAGGGGACUCAUUAAGAGCAUGCUGCGCAAAAGUCCAGAACACAGGCCGAGCGCCGCGGAACUUCUCAAGCAUCCGCAUCUUCAGCCCUAUGUGCUUCAAGUCCAUUUAAAGUCUAGUCCGACUCGCAAUAUGGUUCAUAUUCUCCCUCCUUUGAGCGAUAACAUUAGGAAGAUAAGCUUUCCUGAUGAUGAAGACGAUUCUGGGUGCAAGGACAAGGAGAAGAGGCAUUCAUUUGCGAAUGAGAGGAUUGUGAAACUCAGCAAACCCUCUGCUGAAGAGAACUCUAUUAGUUCUACCCAGAGUAUUAAAGAUUAUUCUAAUUAUCCGAUUCAAAGGGUAAAAGAAUUGUCGGUCGGAAGCAGCCAAGCCGGAGAGGUUGGUGUUGAUAAAGCAGUCAGUGAGAAGCACUUGAACAUUACAAAUACCCCUAGAUAUACUCCGGCGAAGACCUUUGCGACGCCUAGAAGGCGACUGGAGCCAUCAAUAACAUUUCACGCAAGAACAAGCACUAAAGAGCUCCAUCCGACAAGAACUCCCGUGGAACAAACCGCACGAACAGCGCGAAGAGUAUCUCUCCCUUUGACAACCUUCGAAACCCCUCAAGGACGUAAUGCCAGCAUUCUCCGCCGCGUGGAAUCUCCCGACGUCUCAGUGAACACUCCUCGGAUCGAUCGAAUCGCCGAAUUCCCUCUUGCUUCCUCUGAAGACCCACUUUUCUCUGUCCGCAAGCACUCCUCUGCCCAUGGCUCCUCUAAUACUACACCGCGAUGUGUCGAUCGCUCCAUCACCAAGGACAAGUGUACGGUCCAGAUAUUCCGUACCGAAGGGGAUAACGGUAGCGAUUCUUCUGAUCGCAAUCCGACAGCAGCGGAUGCAUCAAGCAGGGGAUCCUCAGACUCGAGGCAGAGGAGGUUCGACACCUCGUCGUACCAGCAGAGGGCGGAGGCUUUGGAAGGAUUGCUCGAGUUCAGCGCACAGUUAUUACAGCAGGAGAGGUUCGAAGAGCUGGGGAUUCUGCUGAAGCCGUUCGGGCCCGGGAAGGUUUCGCCAAGGGAGACUGCUAUAUGGUUGACGAAGAGCAUCAAAGAAACUGGAAUGUGACCCUAACCCUAGGGUUUCAGGCCGUCUUCUUUUCGACGACUAGGUACCUUACAAACUGCUUCAUCAGUUUUGUUUCGCAAGUCGCUGGAUGGACUUUACAUGUAGCUCGGAAUUAGCUUUUCAUUUCCUCUUCUCGAACCUCCUGUUUAGCCUAGGUAUCGAAUCUCGGCACUUACAACUCUGAAAUUGACUAUAUCUAUUAAUAGUAAGUUAUGCAUCCACCAUUAGAGAAAAUCGAGGUUAGUUAUGUU